AUGGGGAGUAACAUUACGGCUCCAGGAUCGGCUCUUUUUCCCACAUGUGGAUGGCUUCGUAGCAGCAGUAGUAAAAGCCUUUCUUCAUCAUCCUCGACUAACAACGGUCUGGUUCCGCGGUUCGUGUCCAGGGGCCACACAUACCGGGCAGUGGUCGGGGACACUCUGGUUCUGCCCUGCGAGGUCGAGAAUCUAGGAACUCUGGUGCUACUCUGGCGGAGGGGCACCAACGUGCUGACGGCGUCCCAGCUCAUGGUGACCCGGGACGAGCGAGUCCGGCUGGUCAAUGGGUACAAUCUGGAAAUCUCGGAGCUGGAACCGCAGGAUGCCGGCGAUUACGUGUGCCAGAUCAGCGACAAGAUCAACAAGGACCAGGUGCACACGGUGGAAAUUUUGGUUCCCCCGAGCGUCCGGGCGAUUCCUCCCAGUGGGCAGCUGACGGCCCGGAAAGGUGGCGCGGUGACGUUGGAGUGCAAAGCAUCCGGAAAUCCGGUUCCAUCGAUCUACUGGACCAAGAGGAGUGGUGCAGGCAAGUCGGCGGCUAAAAUUGGCGAAGGUCCUAUCCUGACGCUGGAGAAGGUGGAACGGCAGCAGGCCGGGGUCUAUCAGUGCACCGCGGAUAACAACGUCGGAGAGCCGGUCACCGUCGAUAUGCGACUGGAUGUGUUGUAUCCACCGGACAUCAGCGUGGACAAGUCCUGGAUACACUCCGGGGAAGGAUUCGAGGCCCAGCUAGAGUGUAUCGUUCAUGCCGAUCCGCAGCCAACGGUUUCCUGGUACCAGAACUCGUUCCCAAUUCAGCCGACAGAUCGACGGACCAUGUCAUCGCGUGGUAACCGGCAUACGCUCACCAUUCGCCACGUGCAACAGGAAGACUUCGGCAACUAUAGUUGCGUUGCCGACAACACCCUGGGCCGGUCUAAAAAGUACAUGGAAGUUUCCGGUCGGCCAGGACCAGCCGAGUUUGUGUCCCCACCCUGGAGCCGCUCGCCCGACAGCUACAAUCUGACCUGGAAGGUGGAAAGCUAUCCGCCGCUGUCCGAGGUCCGGCUGCUGUACCGAAAAUUGAUGAUGAACGAAACCUUCCAGCAGCCCGGUCGAUGGCACGAUAUCAUUCUAACCCCAUCACCCCGACCAGUUACGGAACCAUUGACCCAUGUGAUGGCUUUCACGUUACGGGGACUGCACCCGAGCUCCGUCUACGAAUCCAUCGUUCAGGCCAAAAACCGCUACGGAUGGAAUGAGGUCAGUGACAUCUUCCAGUUCUACACCCAAAGGAUAUCGUCGGAUCUGCACUCGGAGGAAAUGCAGGUGGCCAGCUCGACGGCCCGGGGUGGGGCAACCUCAGUGUAUCGACGGUUACGACCGGCUGGCGGGGUCCUGGGUACGGCCUUGUCCAUUGCCUGCUGGAUUCUGCUCAUGACGCUGGUCAAUCCUCGUCUUUUACAACGAAACCUUUAAACGUAAGUAGGUGAGAAACGAAGAGUCCGGUCCCGCGAUCGGAUGCCCUAGGUUCGCAAACGCUAGGCUAUAUAGAACGAUAAGAUACAUGCUCUUCGAAGAAGCAGUUUACUUUUAGGAUAACCCACCCCAUCCAGUAAGUAAGGCAACACAACGGAAGAAACCAAUUCUGAGAUACUCAUUUACAUUAUUAGCUGUUUUUGUACAUUCGUCCCCAACCCAUAACGGCAACAUCAGCAACUAUGAAGAAACGAUUUGAAAUCGAUCUAACCGAAGAUGGAACCGAUAGGUUAAGAAACAUAACUGUAGUAUAUUUCCGAUUAGUUUAACAAACUUUUUUCUUCCUUCAAAAUCAACAGCUCUUGCAAAAGCUAGGUGAAGUAAAUGAAAUCGGAUCCUUCAGAACCAUAACUCACUUUGGUUUCUUGGGAUUUUUCAGUGUACGUAGCUCUGAUGCAAGGUAUUUCGCGAAAUAACCCAUGAUGUUCUUACUCGAAACCUUAGCAUAUUUUAAAUUUCAAAAAUAAACCUAUCAGUUAACAGUGAAACGAACGAACUUGGUUUUAAAUUUCUACAUGGUAAAAUAUGAUUUAACUCAAACUCCUCUUAGGCACCUGGAGGUGAUUCAAUUUAACUUGAUGAUGAUUUCUGUCGAGUCCACUGCUUUGAAGCAACAUUGUCCUGAAACUGAUCUACAUCGGUCCCAUCAAACCCUUAAUAAUGUAAAAUGUAGUAAUAAAUUUAUCGGAAAUUUUGAAACAAGACUUAAAACUAUUUAGAAAGAGACCGAGAGAGAGAGAGAGAGAUAGAGAGUCUUAGAACCAGAACAAGCUUUUAAAAAGCGCUCCGUUGUGGUCCGUUUUAACCACAGCAACCAGCCACAAAAAGUCGUUAGGAAAAAAAAAUCAAUAGAAGAUGUAUUAUCUAAUUGUUUAACUUUAAUUUUGAUCUCUUAAACGUCAAUGGCUCCCGUUCUUCCGUCAUAUGCCGAAGUAAAGUAUAUGUCACUUUUAGUUUUCGCCAAUAGAAGUGUUUUUCUCUUUUUCUUAAUUUUCAACCGAGACUUUACAUGAAAUGUGAUAUUGUAUAGAGAUCACAUUUCAUGGAAAAUUUCGGAGAAGUAGAAAAUGGGAAAAAAAGAACGCUCUUAAUGGCGAAUACUAAAAAUCACUUCGGCAAAUCACGGCAGCGUUUCAAGGAUGCCAUAAAUGUAUAUGUUUAUCAAGUUGGUAUCGAAUUCCUCGUCAUUGUAACAUACUUUCCAAACUUUCCUUAUCCCAAGCUCUUCGAAAAUGUACUCAAAAAAUCGCGGAAGAAAAAUGCCACAGUUGGAAUGGGUAUUGAGUUGAUACACCCAAUACAAUGAGAAACACAUGAAAAACAAUUUAGAGUACGAAUAUGUGUGAGUGAACGCGUCGAAUGUUUUCUCUUAUACUUUGAUAGAUUUUCUGCACGCAGCCUCAACCACACACAAAUCACCAGUAAGUCUAGAGUUGAUCAAUGUCUGUGGAGCAUUGUCUAAGCUUUCUUGGGUAGUUCUAAGAAUUGAAAAAAAAACAAGCAAAAAAACUGAUGAGGGUGAGAAAACGCCUGAACCGAUAAAAAAUUGAAAGGAAAAGUGAAAAAAAUGCUCAGUCUAUUGUUGUCCAAAAUUUAACAAAACAUUGUUAAUGUAAUAUACAUUGUUUUAAUUUUGUAGAUUAAGAAAUAGAUAAAGGGAUCAUGAAAAAAUCAACAGAUUUAACGAACUGGCUAAGGGAAAAGUUUUUCCCCUACCUAAAAAAACAAACACUAGUCUGACUUGAAUGAACCAUAAACUAAUGAUGAGAAGAAGAUGUGACACGGGAGCUUUGAUCGUGAACUUUUUUUUUAUCCUCAACUAACGGAUGACGAACCAAUCGUAAAUAAUUCUUUAUUGAACUUUAAAUUUUUUCGGACUCGUUCACGGAAAUAUGCAUCGACAAAACCACUCUCUCGGCAAAUACUCUAUGGCCUUUUCCAAAGUCCAAACAACAAAGUGGCUUGUUGUCCAAUGUCCAAACUACAUAACUUCUUCCUGACGUGGGAUGAUCGAGUUCAGCUUACUCGCGCUUGUUCCAGAAUUCGCUCGGGAUUAACCUCUUCGACUCGGAUAAUUUCCGACGUAGAUGUUAUCUUUCACCGACCCAACUGACUUACUUGGGGUCGAGAGAAAAUCUGAUUGUACUAAGAGGGGUUCCUCGUAUUUCGAAACACUUUUUUUCCAAUGAUAUCCACAGUUAAAAACUCACAUCUUAUCCCCUCAUGUUCCCUCAUUGGGAACGACUCAAGCUCCACUACGCAGAGAGAGGAGAGAUCAGGCCUCGAGUUACCAAGAGGUGACAUUUGUGUGUUAAAUCCCGAGUUUAUGCAAGAAAAGAAGGAAUUUAAAUUUGCGAUAGCAUAGAUCAGGCCUUGAGUCGGCAAGAAGUUAACCGCGAGUUAUUUGGAGGAGGUGUAAAAUCUCUAGCUCUCGGAGAAGCGAUCAGGCUUCGAUUCGUCAAGAGAAAAUGUUGUACGAGAGAAGAGAGGUCUUGCUGGAAAUGCGUAUGCCGUGGAGGACUAACGCAUAUGACAUCCUACUCUUUAAAGAUAUUUUAACCACAGUUAGAGGUUCCCACAUAAUCCUCUCCUCUGCAUGACUCAAGGCCUGAUCACUCCUCAAGCGACUUGAGAUCUGAAUUCCACUCGUAAUGACUUGAGGUAAACACUCCUACCCCUCCUCUUGUUGAUUAAAGGCCUGAUCUCUCCUCUUGCGACUCGAGACCCAACUUCUUGUCGCAAAGACUCGGGGUAGACCGCACAAACCUAUCUUCAUGCAGACUCGAAGCCUGACCUCUUACCCCCAGGAUUCGAGGUUUGCCCCCUCUAUGUCCAUCGUGAGCUGAUCACAGCUUAUCCUAGACUCACGCUUGUCACAGCACACGCGCGGGACUUAAUCCAACUACUCGGAUGAUUCCCGGUGUAGACGUCAUCCUACAUAGACUCAGCGGCUUA